GCGGUCAGCCCCAGACCCGGCCCAGCUGCGGGGCUGGCAGUGAGGCUCGGGUGCGAGCGCGCGCCGCGCCCUCCCCCUUGCGUUGUCUCCGCAGCGGCGCGGGGAGGCGGGAGCUGCGGAGCCGGAGGGCGGGGGCUAAAAAUACCCAGCAGCUGCGGCGGCGGCGCGGCUACUGCUGGGGCUGCUGGACUGCGGGGCUGCGGGCCUGGGAGGCCGGGCCGGGCCGGGCCAGGCCCCGCUGACCGCCAUGCUGACCUUCUUCCUCGUGUCGGGGGGCUCCCUCUGGCUGUUCGUGGAGUUUGUCCUCUCACUUCUGGAGAAGAUGCAGACACAGGAGAUCCUGAGGAUUCUGCGGCUGCCUGAGCUAGGCGACUUGGGCCAGUUUUUCCGCAGCCUCUCGGCCACCACCCUUGUGAGUAUGGGUGCCCUGGCCGCCAUCCUCGCCUACUGGUUCACUCACCGGCCAAAGGCUUUGCAGCCACCAUGCAACCUCCUGAUGCAGUCAGAAGAAGUAGAGGACAGUGGCGGGGCACGGCGAUCUGUGAUUGGGUCUGGCCCUCAGCUACUUACCCACUACUAUGAUGAUGCUCGGACCAUGUACCAGGUGUUCCGCCGUGGGCUUAGCAUCUCAGGGAAUGGGCCCUGUCUUGGUUUCAGGAAGCCCAAGCAGCCUUACCAGUGGCUGUCCUACCAGGAGGUGGCCGACAGGGCUGAAUUUCUGGGGUCCGGACUUCUCCAGCACAAUUGUAAAGCAUGCACAGAUCAGUUUAUUGGUGUUUUUGCACAAAAUCGGCCAGAGUGGAUCAUUGCGGAGCUGGCCUGCUACACAUAUUCCAUGGUGGUGGUCCCACUCUAUGACACCCUGGGCCCUGGGGCAAUCCGCUACAUCAUCAAUACAGCGGACAUCAGCACUGUGAUUGUGGACAAACCUCAGAAGGCUGUGCUUCUGCUAGAGCAUGUGGAGAGGAAGGAGACUCCAGGCCUCAAGCUGAUCAUCCUCAUGGAUCCGUUCGAAGAAACCCUGAAAGAGAGAGGGCAGAAGUGCGGGGUGGUCAUUAAGUCCAUGCAGGCUGUGGAGGACUGUGGCCAAGAGAAUCACCAUGUUCCUGUGCCCCCGCAGCCUGAUGACCUCUCCAUUGUGUGUUUUACAAGUGGCACAACAGGGAACCCAAAAGGUGCGAUGCUCACCCAUGGGAACGUGGUGGCUGAUUUCUCAGGCUUUCUGAAAGUGACAGAGAAAGUGAUCUUUCCGAGACAGGACGAUGUGCUCAUCUCCUUCCUGCCUCUGGCUCACAUGUUUGAGAGAGUAAUCCAGAGUCAGUGGGCUCCCACUUGUGCGGAUGUGCACAUUUCCUAUUUGCCUUUAGCACACAUGUUUGAGCGAAUGGUGCAGUCUGUCGUCUAUUGCCAUGGAGGGCGCGUUGGCUUCUUCCAGGGAGACAUCCGCCUCCUCUCAGAUGACAUGAAGGCUCUAUGCCCCACCAUCUUCCCUGUGGUGCCACGACUGCUGAACCGGAUGUACGACAAGAUCUUCAGCCAGGCAAACACACCAUUAAAACGCUGGCUCCUGGAGUUUGCAGCAAAGCGUAAGCAAGCCGAGGUCCGGAGUGGGAUCAUCAGGAAUGAUAGUAUCUGGGAUGAACUCUUCUUUAAUAAGAUUCAGGCCAGUCUUGGUGGGUGUGUGCGGAUGAUUGUUACUGGAGCAGCCCCAGCAUCACCAACAGUUCUGGGAUUUCUCCGGGCAGCUCUAGGGUGCCAGGUUUAUGAAGGUUAUGGCCAAACUGAGUGCACAGCUGGAUGUACCUUCACCACGCCUGGGGACUGGACCUCAGGGCAUGUAGGGGCGCCACUUCCCUGCAAUCACAUCAAGCUCGCUGAUGUUGAGGAACUGAACUAUUGGGCCUGCAAAGGAGAGGGAGAGAUAUGUGUGAGAGGACCAAAUGUGUUCAAAGGCUACUUGAAAGAUCCAGAGAGGACAAAGGAGGCCCUGGACAGUGACGGCUGGCUUCACACUGGAGACAUCGGGAAAUGGCUGCCGGCAGGAACUCUUAAAAUUAUUGAUCGGAAAAAGCACAUAUUUAAACUUGCUCAGGGAGAAUAUGUUGCACCCGAGAAGAUUGAGAACAUCUACAUCCGGAGCCAACCUGUAGCGCAAAUCUAUGUCCAUGGGGACAGCUUAAAGGCCUUUUUGGUAGGCAUUGUUGUGCCUGACCCUGAAGUUAUGCCCUCCUGGGCACAGAAGAGAGGAAUUGAAGGAACAUAUGCAGAUCUCUGCACAAGUAAGGAUCUGAAGAAAGCCAUUUUGGAAGAUAUGGUGAGGUUAGGAAAAGAAAGUGGACUCCAUUCUUUUGAGCAGGUUAAAGCCAUUCACAUCCAUUCUGACAUGUUCUCUGUUCAAAAUGGCUUGCUGACACCAACACUAAAGGCUAAAAGACCUGAGCUGAGAGAGUACUUCAAAAAACAAAUAGAAGAGCUUUACUCAAUCUCCAUGUGAAGUUCAAGGAAAGUUCUUCUCCGUAUAAUGGACUGUGUAGCAAUAUUAUAGUUAUUCUUGAAAGUAAUGAGUCAAAAUGACACAGGUGAAAAAUGAAUAAGCAUCUGAUUUUAUGACUGAGCCUUUUCUUGUCCCAAGAGGUCUUUAACAAUAUUUUCUCUAUCAUCACUGAGUACACUUUAUUUUUAUUAUUAAAAUGAUAUUGUAGCAGGCUGCUAAAAAUAUCGCAAAUGGCAAUGUAAAAAUCAAGACAUUUUCUCAAGAACUGUGUACCACUAAAAGUAAUAUAUUCUCAGUGUUCGCAGAACUCCUAUUAAACAUAAAGGAAAAACAUAA